GCUGGAUUAGAUAUGAAGAUCCUGUGUCAUGUAAUAUUCCUGUUCAUGCUGGGGGGCAUUUUUUGCCAGAACAACAACCGAAAUGCCAAACCGAGUGGCAGAGCGGCUAAAAAACCCAGCAGUCCGUCUGCAGACGUUGGUCCAGACGACGACUCUGCACCGAGUCCCAGUAAAGACACGCGUGCAGGGAACCAGCAGACGGCAUCCGCCAACAAGCCGGCCGAUGACAUGAAGCUGCACCUCCUGCGGAACACUCCGGCCACGUGCAACGACGGAACUGCGGCCGGGUUUUACCUAAAGGAGUUCAAAGGAAGCAAGAGGUGGCUGAUAUUUUUGGAGGGUGGUUGGUGCUGUUACAACAAAGAGACCUGUGAUUCCAGAUAUAAAAAUAUCCCUCGCCUGAUGAGCUCAUCUGACUGGUUACAGACUCGCAAAGGAACUGGAAUCUUGUCUUCCCAAUCUGAAGAGAAUCCUCACUGGUAUAAUGCCAACAUUGUGUUUGUCCCCUACUGCUCCAGUGAUGUGUGGAGUGGAAACAAAGCAGCAGCAAAGACCAAGCAAGCAAAAGAAACAGAGUACUCCUUUAUGGGAUCCGUGAUCAUCAGGGAGCUGAUCAAAGAGCUUGCGACGAAAGGACUGAAACAGGCCAAAGUGGUGAUGCUGGCUGGAACGAGUGCUGGAGGUACAGGUGUGUUGCUGAACAUCGAGAAAGUGGCCAGUCAGCUGGAGCAGCUUGGGGCAGAUGUGCAGGUUCGAGGCUUGGUCGAUUCCGGAUGGUUCCUGGAGAGCAAGCAGCAAAAGACCCAAGAGUGUCCGGAUAGUCUCUCCUGCACUCCGGUUGAUGCGAUCAAGAAAGGGUUACGAAUGUGGAAUGGAGUUUUACCAGACAAGUGUAAGCAGCAAUACAAGCGAGGCGAGGAGUGGCAAUGCUUUUUCGGACACAAGCUCUACUCCUUAUUGAGCUCUCCACUGUUUGUGGUUCAGUGGCUCUUUGAUGAGGAACAGCUUCGUGUGGAGAACAUUUACGUAGGAGGACAGUCUCUUUCUGAACAACAGUGGACCUACAUGCAGAAUCUCGGGAAAGAGCUGAAAAACUCCCUCAAAGAUGUCACCGCCGUGUUCGCCCCAUCCUGCUUGUCCCACACGCUGAUCACUAAAAGUAACUGGAUGGACUUCCAAGUGAAGGGCACGUCUCUGUCUCGUGCGCUCCAGUGCUGGGACAGAAGCCUUCAGGAGGCCAACAAGAACAGCAAGACGGCACUGAAAGGCUGCCCCUUCCACCUGAUCGACACGUGCCAGUGGCCUCAGUGCAACCCGACGUGUCCAGCGCUGAUUGACCAGGCCACGCAGCAGGAGAUGACCCUGCUCCAGGUGCUGGCCAGCAUGGGCGUCGACCUCCAGAAGCUCGGUCUGGACACACAGCGUGACAGCGGCGCUUCCUCCAGCAUGAUUAGCAACGGUGGCUAAUCAUACGAUAAUUUAAACUACAGUAGCGUUAGCGUUUGCUCAGUGGUGACCUUUAUAGUCACUCUGUUGUGUUCCAAAGAGGUUGAGAUCUUUGAGCCGUGAGUAUGUAUUUGGAUUCCUGUGCCAAACGUGUGCAAGUAGGAUGGAUUUAUGGAAGUGAAGCAUGAGUUAUGAUUAUGUAUCUAGUCACAGUUAAUCCAUAGUUAACCUGAAACUCGUGUAUGAGGAGAUUAUAAUGAGGGUCUUCUGGGGGUUUUUUUUUUCUCCCAUCCAAACAAGACAGCUUUACAUCAAUGCUGUGCAUCGAGGAGAACGAGAGCUUGAGGUGACAAUCCCAGAGAAUUCUAGAGAUCAUUUUAUUACUAUACACUCUAAUCAUUACUCCAUACUGUACUCAAGGUGCAUGACAUGUCCAGGGUUUUUAACUGGUA